AUGACUUCAAAAUGCAAUGGAUGUAUGCAAACACUCACAAAAAAGAAAGAAUUAUCGUGUACGCAUUGCCCUAAAAAAUAUCAUUAUGCCUGUCUUAAUAUAAGUGAAAUUAAUUUUAGAAAAACGUCCAAUAAAUUUUUAAAGUCUUUCAAAUGCCCUGCGUGUGUAACAACAGAAAAAAAGGUCGAUAACUCUAAUACACCCGCUAAAUCUCACUUAAGCUCACCGGAUUCUGAUACAUGCAAAAAUGAUAAAUUUAUGCUUGAAGAUUUGGAAAGCUUUCUGGAUAAAAGAUUAUUUGAUUUUAAAAAUGCCAUCAUUGCUGAAAUUAAGAAUACAAUUGUGUCUGAAUUAAAUAACAACAUGAAGGAAAUCUCCCAAGAGUUGCGGUCUAUAGCUGACUCCCAUUCCAAUUUACAGACUGAACACUACAAAUUAAAUGAAGAAUACAUGACCCUGAAGAACAAUGUAAUUAACUUAGAAGAAUAUUUAAAUGAUCUUCGCUGUCAGAUUUCCAGACAGCAGCAGUGGUCGAGACAACAGAAUAUUGAAGUUUUAGGUGUUCCGGAAGUAAAAAAUGAGAAUCCAAAAGAUAUAAUAAUCAAGAUCUGCAAUCAUGCAGGUGUUCCACUCAAUGAACAGGAUAUCAACUUUGCUAAUAGAGUGCAGCCUUUGAAUCGUAUUGAAGGUCGACCAAGGGUCAUCGUUGCCAAAUUAAGACAGAGAUGUCUGAAAGAUAAUGUGAUUUCUGGUCUGAAAAAAUCUAAGGGCAUCUCAACAAAGGAUAUAGGAUUAACAGGUGAAUCAAAAGUUAACGAUCAUCUUACACCCGAAAAUAAGGCUCUAUACAAAAAACGUAAGCUGAAGGCAACAGAAUUGGCGUACAAAUUUGUAUGGACAAAAAACUGUCAAAUCUUUACCAGAAAGAACGAAAAGUCACCGGUCAUAUCAAUAACUUCAGAAAAAGAUUUAUUGAAAAUAGUUUGA